GAUUAGAUAGCAAUAUUGUAACAGUUGUUUGAUUCGAGUGAUAAUGAUAAUUAAUUAUAGAAGGAGUUUAUUCAUGUUUAGUUGGGAUAAAAAUCAAGAACUAACUUAUUUUAAAAUUAGUCAUGUUGAAAUGAUAGAGUAGUAUUUAUCUUACGUUAUAGGUUAAUUGACAAUAUCGAGAUAAGUUAUUCCUAAAUUUAUAAUUUUUAAAAGGGUCCACUUUUUGGAUUUGAUUGAAUGAAAAGAAAGGUAUACUCGGAUUCUUCUCUUUCACUUUCUGUCUUCCAAUCUUGGAUUUUCAGUCUUUUGACUCAUUUUUUUCUCUUCCUUUUAUCCAAGAAGGUUCAUUACUUUAUGGGUUCAAUCAUUUUGCUUCUGUGAUGUGAUUAGUCGAGGUGCGCUUAAGCUGGUCUGAACAAAACGGUUAUAAAGAAAGUGAAAAAAUUGCUUCUUUAAUGUGAUUUUUGCUUGAGUGUUUGACUGUUUUCCAUGGAACUCAUUUUCUGUAAAUGGGUUUCUGUUUUUCUAUUCAGCUGUUGGCUUAUCUUCUCUGUUGGACAUUCAGUUGAGGGGUUACAUGGAAAUUCAAGAGUAAGAGCAGUGAACUUGGGUGGAUGGUUAGUUGUAGAGGGGUGGAUAAAGCCUUCUCUGUUUGAAGAUAUACCCAAUGGAGAUAUGCUUGAUGGGACACAGGUGCAAUUGAAAUCUGUGACACUGCAUAAGUACAUUUCGGCGCAGAAUGGUGGAGGAAUGAAUGUGUCUGUGGAUAGAGAUAAUCCAUUAGAAUGGGAAACAUUCAAGUUGUGGAGGGUUUCCGAGUCAGUAUUUCAGUUUAGAACUGCUCAAGGGCAAUUUCUGACGUGCAGUGGUGAUGGAGAUACGGUGUUUGCGACAGCAGAAUCUCCGUCUGAUUCAGAAACAUUCUAUCUCGAAAGAAACUUCAAUAAUAGAAUUCACAUCAAACUGAAGAAUGGAACUUAUAUACAGGCCUCAAACGACAGUGUUCUCACAGCAGACUUUCCGGGGACGCCAGGUUGGGAUGAUAAUCCAGCCACAUUUGAGAUGGUGAUUGUGGGAAAGUUGCAAGGGGAUUACCAGCUUGCUAAUGGAUAUGGGCAUGACAAGGCAAAAGCCGUUCUCAAGAAGCAUAGGAAUAGUUUUAUCACUGUAGAUGAUUUCGAUUUCUUGUACAGACACGGAAUAAAUACUGUCAGGAUCCCUGUUGGUUGGUGGAUAGCUUCCGAUGCAAAUCCUCCAGCUCCUUUUAUUGGUGGGAGUUUAGAAGCUCUUGAUAAUGCAUUCUCAUGGGCGCAAGCUUAUAACAUAAAAUGCAUAAUCGACCUUCACGCUGCCCCUGGUUCCCAAAAUGGAAUGGAACAUAGUGCUAGUAAGGAUGGCACAGUAAACUGGCAGAAAUCUCCCGAACACAUCUCACAAACAUUGGAUGCUAUUGAAUUUUUAGCUUCCAGGUAUGCCGUGCAUCCUGCCUUGCUGGGAAUCGAGCUUCUAAAUGAGCCAGCUGCCGCAAAUGUCUCACUGGAUAUUCUGGUGCCUUUUUAUAAACAGGGAUACAAAAUUGUUCGAAAAUAUUCAUCAACAGCUUACGUGAUAUUUUGCCAAAGAAUCGGCGAUGCAGAUCCAUCUGAACUUUAUCAAGCUAACCUAAGCUCAUUAAACACAGUAGUUGAUUUGCACUACUACAAUCUCUUUAACAGAUACUUCGAUAAUCUGACCUCUUUGGCGAACAUUCAAUUUAUAAACAUAGUCAGACAACCUCAAAUACAGGCUUUGAAUAGUGCCAACGGACCAUUGGUGUUUGUUGGUGAGUGGGUGAACGAAUGGAACGUGACUAAUGGUUCAUUAGCAGAUUACCAGGAUUUCGGAAGAGUUCAGUUAGAUGUAUAUAAUGCAGCCUCUUUUGGAUGGUCUUACUGGACACUGAAAUGUGAAAAAAAGCACUGGGAUUUCGAGUGGAGUGUUCGGAACAAUUAUCUUCAACUGCAAUCAGGUAUGUACGUAAGUAAUUCACCAAGGAAGAGGAUAUCUAGAGUUAUACUUUUGCUUGGAUUGGCAUGCAUUUGGACCUUUCUGCAUUAGAAGAGCCAAAGAAGACUUUUGAAUCCAGCGGGAAUGAAUGAUUGAAUUGAGAAACAAUUAUUCUUUGCGGAAUGUAGUUUACCUUCAGCUCCAAAUAUUUUGCAGAUACGGAGGUGAGCACACACACAACGCGAUAGGAUAUUGUAAAACUCGAUAAGAAUUUUCAUUGAUUCGUAAAAUAUGAGAAAAGACAUCAUGAAUUCUUUCAGCUUUCAUGUGUUAUUGCCUGUAUGACUUGACAUAUACAUCACGAGUUGUGCUCUUACAUUUGAACAAGUUUGUCUUUGCAUUGAUCCCUACUCAAUAA